CGACGGUUGUUAUUUCAUAGCAACUUUAUAUCUUUCCUCGAAGCUAGAGUUUGACGGCUACGUUUCUCAAAUCAGAUCGGCUUCCUUUCUCUGCCUUCGUCUUUGCCUCUGCCACUCGUAAAAGGUAUUCGGGGAAAUGGCAGAAUCCAAACCUGGACUGAGGAAACCAGUAUUUACCAAGGUUGAUCAACUUCGGCCAGGCACUAGUGGGCAUACUCUUACUGUUAAGGUUGUGAAUACUAAGAUGGUAUUGCAGAAGGGUCGUCCUGAUGGUCCUCAAGCCCGUCAGAUGCGAAUUGCUGAAUGCUUGGUAGGUGAUGAAACUGGAAUGAUCAUAUUUACCGCCAGAAAUGAUCAAGUCGACUUGAUGAAAGAAGGUGCCACUAUAAUCCUGCGCAAUGCUAAGAUAGACAUGUUCAAAGGAUCAAUGAGACUUGCUGUGGACAGGUGGGGCCGUGUUGAAGUUACUGAGCCUGCAAGUUUUACUGUUAAGGAAGAGAACAAUCUUUCACUCAUUGAAUAUGAACUCGUGAAUGUGGUGGAAGAGUGAAUUUUGUGAUCGCGUUCACUUUCCUGCUGCAACCUGACCAUAAAAUAAAACAAUCAAGCUACAAAAUUACAAGUUUCCUUUGGGGUACUGAAAAUGCUCACCGAGUUCAUUAUUAGGAAAUAGAAUUCUGGAAGCCAGUCGUACGAAAGUUGAUUUUCAUCCACGCAGCUUAUUGUUAGAACCGUUGUUGGGAUUUACAAACAGGUGGGUAAUGGCUGCAGUUGAUGGAAGAAGGCUUAGCCGGCUUUUUUUACUUUUCAUUUGGCAAGUAUUUUAUUGGCUGUGACACAGUUUUAUGAUGUUGAAACUAUCAUAAGAUGAUGACAAGAGUAGCGCCUUGCGUGGUUUUAAAUUAUGUUUUUUUGUUAGUCAAGGUUCAUGCCAACUGAACUGCUUUUGAACUCAAAUCCAAUGCUUGAAUGAUUGAUUACCCUUCAUGUGUGAGGAUUUCACGAGUAAA